AUGACGAGGCGCACAAUGUCCGGGAAGGGCGGCGAAGAAGAGGACCUAGCAAGAACGUCCAGCCAAGAAGAGAUGGCUUUCCAAGAGACUGAUCCCGGUCCUGAUGUUGAGGAAGAUGUUCACAAUCUGGAUGAGCAAAAGCCAAUUUACGUAGGCCCGUCGCACGGUCACACAGGCUUCAAGCGCAUGUACAAGUUUGACGGCAGUCGGAGCGUCGUGGUUCCUCCAGACCUUGAUCCAGCUUCAAUGACGGAAUCAUCCCCGGAUCUUUCGCAUGCCCAAGCGAGAAACGUGGAAAAGAUCGGAGGCUGGACAGAGUGGAAGAUUCCGUGUGCGGAUGCGCUCGAAGAGGGGCAGAAGAUUGUCUUCUUUAGCUAUCCAAGUCAGCCACGGCUGGAUUCGGGUGAAGAAUGGGCGGCCAAGUAUUUGCGGAAACCAGAGGACUACGAACAGUAUCGGCUGGAGGUUGGAGCCGAUGCCGUCCCACCUGACCAGUUCACCUUAGACUCUGUGGAGGCUAUGCGGAGGCUGAUGGGCCUUGCAGGCGACGUUUUCUACCCUGACCAGCUGUGCAUAUCUCCCGGGACCGUUCACAAGGCAAACUCAUUCCUUGUCGAGCACACCGCCACCAUGAUGCCCCAAAGUUCGGGCGGCGCAGAAGCAGGCGCUGUUCCAGCUAGCUUGACGUCAGCGGACGAUCUUUUGCUGUGCACAGUGUGGGUCGCUAACUACGUCGCGGACGUACUGCCGAAUCUCUCCAAGGUGCCAACCCAUCAGUUCGACGAACUCGAUUCGGACGCGCUCGCAUGUCUUCAGCGAUUCCUGAGGCACCAUGCGGACUCCAUCGUCAAGCUGGGCCUUACCGACAAGGUCGCUCGGUUCUUGAGCGCCCACAAAAGCCGCAUCGACUGGUCGUUGAGUAGUCUGGCAGACUUCGUGUAG